GUUGGAACGUUCGUAAACGGAACACGAGCAGGGAAUAGAAGAGGCAGGGUGGAACCGAACGAGAACUGGACAACAGGCGUCACCGCUGCGUGUACACGCGUUCUAAGAUAGCCGUUAGCUGUGUUUGAGUUUUCUCCUGCGAGACUUGUUGUUGUUUUCAACGGUUUUCAAGUAACGUUCCUUUUCUCGAGCGUGUUUUUAACGUUUUCUUCGUGGAUUACAUUCUGCUCCAUCUACAAGAUGAAUUCACUGGGCAGUGCUUCCAAAUGGCCAUCUUAUGACUCACUACCCUCCAACUCAAGCUUCCUCCUCAGUGAGAGUGAGCAGACUGAGGAUGAAGCCGACGUCUUCUCCGAGGGAGAGGGGGACGGUGGAAUAACAAAGUCGCCCUCAGUUAGCGAGGGAAUCACACUUUCUGGGAAUUACCUUGAUUUCCCAGCUCGUUCAGAUCAGCCGCACUUGAGGACUAACAGAGACCAGCCCGAAUGCUGCUCCGAUGAAACGAAGCAUCUCGGUUCUGCCUCUUCUGCUGGAGCUGCCACAUUAGGCUCAUCUUCGUCAACACCGGGGGACUUGGCCUUUGCUCAGAAAUGUGCAGAUUUGCGCAGGUUUAUCUGUCCUUUGCUUGAUCUUCUACAUGGACUGAAGACUGGCCGAUUUCACAAAGGUUUAUCCAGUUUCCAGCAAAGUGUUGCCAUAGACAGACUGCAGAGGAUUCUUGGAAUACUACAGAGGCCUGAAAUGGGUGAGAAAUACCUACACAACCUGCUGCAGAUAGAGAUGAUGCUGAAGAUUUGGUUUCCUCGGGUGGCAUUUCAGUCCCCAGAUCCACCAAGCCAGACCACCGCUCCAAGAUUCGUACCACACUGGCGAAAAAAUCAGCUCCAUAUGCCCGUUAAGAAGAGAAAACUGAGCUGGUCAGACCCUGACCACUUUGGCACCGUCCCAACCAAGGAUAAGCAACAUCAACAUGGAAAACAUGGGAGCUGCCAGACUGCAACUCCACUUGACACCGUUUCAGCGUGUCUACCUGGAUCACCGAAAAAACAGAAAACUCCAGCGGAAGAAUCGGUUGAACCAGCCUGGGGCAGCUGUACCGCUGGACACGAGUUGACAGAUAGCCCUGGCACUUUAAGCAGGCCGUCAUAUUUCUGUAUCAGGAGAGAAAGUGAGAAUCGGAAGCAGCCUGAGAUUUCUGUGCCCUCCCCUUGUGGCAGCCCAGCUGCACAAGACAGCUCAGUGUCCUCAAGCGACACCCGUACUACAAGUGACUCACCUUUUAGUGGGCCUUAGCUGACCUUGCUACCACAUGGAGGUGCCACAGCAUGCCAGACAAAGUGAAGGCAGAGGGCGGACUUGAUUACAUAAGCAUAAAGUUAGGCGCAGAGCCAGUCUGUGAUGGCUGUGAGGCAUGUAAAACCAGAGGAGGAGGAGGAGGAGGAGGAGGAGAAAUGCAGAGAGACAUUCAUUAACUCAUAACUAUCCAGUGUAGUUUUUGAUAACACCGGGGUUAUUGCACUAUAUUACCAGGAACUGUUUGUAUUUAAGGGUAUCACUUUUGUAUACAUUGACUUUUACUAAGUUAACAGAUGUUGGACAUACUUUGUGUGUAAUGCGUUGAAGCAGUCUUUGCUCUGUUUUGUACUUUUUUCAUAAGGAACACAGUCCUGACAGUAACGGAAAAAGUAGAAAAACAGAUAUCAUUUUUAUAAAAGCGCUUUUCUUUGUCACAUAUGAUAGCAAACGAAUCUCUCGGUUUUUACCUUGUGCUCUAGCAACUCGUGAUGGCCAUUUUUCCCUAUUCUCUUACAUUUUAUAGUCCAAACAAACUGAUGAAUUAACAAAUAAUUAGCAGCUUAAUUUGUAGUGAAAAUAACAGUUGGUUGCAGCCCUGUUAUAGUUACAAAGAAUAUUUCAACCAUGAAGACAAAUGACUAAAAAUGGCAUUUAGGAUGCCUAAAAUUGUAUUUUGUCAGCUCAUCGUAACACAUGGUGCGGCAAAACCACAUAGCCCCUGCCAAAAUGUGCCAAACAAAACCAUUUUGCAUUAAUAUCUUUUCUGCAUUUUACUGCAUUCAGUCACUUCUUUAUUUAUUAGUAAUUAUCACACGCAACCUUUGUUGUAUGUAAAAGAGCAAAACGCUGCACAGGAAUUACCACAACCUGAAUGCUCGAUAAUUAUUGAGGUAGUUGAGGAAAUACGAGUUGCUCGGCUGGAUGUUAAUGUCAGUUACUCCUUCAUCUAGCCAGCGAGUGAACUUUUUGUUUUUGUUGUUGUGCAAAAGGAGCUGAAACAUAACGUUUUAUUACACACACGGGUUUUAAGUGACCAUUUUUUUUAUACGUUAUAAAGCAGGCAUAAUAUAUUUGAUCCAUUUGAAUAUAUGUAACUGCACUUUGGAUGACAAAGAGGAAAUGUUACACAUUUAUUAACAUUAAAGAGUAUGAUAUGAUAUUAUUUAUUAAAGAUCUGUUUAAGAGGAUACCUCAAUUUCAGCGGUAGACUUGUGGAGCCAACAUGGGAGCUUUUACAGGCACUCGAAUCAGAGACUAUAUAGGCAAACUUGUCAUUUGAUUGUGUUUUUUUUGUUUGUUUAAUUCUUUGUGGAUGGAAGUAGUUGAAAGACAUAAAAAGUAACUUUAGCUUAUCGCCUGGCUUUUUUACACAAAAUGCCCCAAAUGCAAUGUGUUGUUACGAGGGCAAAGAACAGCUUCCAUUGAAUAUGGAUUUAUAUCAGACUUGCUGUUAUAUAAUUUGUAUCACUCAAAAGUGCUUCACUCUUGAUGACGUAAUAAGGAAUAUCAUGCAGAUAUGAUAAACAAAAACUAUUUCCAUUCAUGAACACAUAGAUUCUUUUUUUUAUGGCAAUUUGUACCAUCCGUAUUAUAAAUCCGAUAUCAUUCAUGUUGAAUGGUGUUUCAUCUCUGGUGGUUGUCACCAGUCAGCCUUACUUUUACUACAUAAAGUUAAUCAAACACUUGCCUGACACUGCAUCAUCAAUCAUACGAGUGUAUUAUUGAUCUAAGGAUGGUAAAAUCAUCAUCACACCACAUGUCAUUGCAAACCAAAUGUGCUGUUGUGUAGAUGUUCCUCAGUCUUCACCAUUAGUCAUUUUUAUUGGCCCUGAGUUAUGUUAUUUAACAUAUAAAGUGUAAGCACAUGGUGGAGAACAAAAGUGUAGUGUUGUUUUGGUAUAUAAAAUGUAGCAUCCUACUGUACAGGUUUUGCUGUGCUGGGUUUUACAUUUUUUAUUUCUGAAAUAGAAAGUAAAGAUCUUCCCAGUUUUAUGUCUUUAAUUUUUCUUGUUUUUAAGUUUUCUUUUUUUUCCAGCUAGUUCUUUGUUUCUUAUAAUGAAAUUGUCAUUAUUGGUGGUUGAUUGAUAAAUGCACAUAUUUUUAUAUAUUAAAUGAGUGAUUUGGUUCAUCAAAAUACA